AUGCCAAUCUUUUGAUGGGGGAAUUGGUGGUGAACCAGGCCUCGAAGCGCAUGGCGGAUACGCGUUUUGUGGUCUUGCUGCGAUGGAGAUACUUGGUAAAACUGAUUUGUUAGACAUUCCAUCGCUUUUUCGUUGGGCUUCUUCUCUUCAAAUGAAACUUGAAGGUGGUUUCCAAGGUCGACCAAAUAAAUUAGUAGAUGGUUGUUAUUCGUUUUGGGUUGGUGCUUUAUUCCCUGUUUUGGAAGCUAUUAUGACACGGCAGCAGCUAAAAAAAAAUGAUGCAAAUUGUAAAGAGCUUGAUGAAUAUAUUGCUCAACCUUUAUUCGAUAGAGAAGCACUUCAAGAAUAUCUUUUGAUUGCUUGUCAAUAUCACAAGGGUGGGCUAAUUGAUAAGCCAAAACGGAGUCCGGACUAUUAUCAUACUUGUUAUUGUUUAAGCGGUCUAUCGACCUCACAACAUCAUGUAAUUUAUGAUUUUGAAAAAGCUACAUCCUUAAAUAUAGAACAUGGUGAGCUUAAUGCCGGUGAUAGAUCUUUGCUGUGGUUCGAAGAUGAAACAAAAAUUUUAGUUUUGGGUGACCCUAGUAAUAUUGUGAAUGCUACGCAUCCUAUCCAUAAUGUAACUAUGCCAAAAGUUAAAAAAAUGAUUGAAUAUUUUCGUGAAAAGCCUUUUA